GUUAAUUACAUCGAUGAUUGCAAGGAGUGUUAGAGGUCUCUACAGCGUUGGCGGCGCAAGAUCUGCAAUAGCGUCUAGGCGUUUAACUAGCAUAAAAAACCACAGAACUAUAUUUAGUGAAAGUAAGAAGGCAGAAGAGUUAGCUACAUCUUCACUCCCUGUAAAAGCUGUAAAUGAUCCACCAGCUGCAUCAACAGCCACAUCUACAGCUGUAGAAUCAACUACUGAAACCCCUGCUCAUUUACAAAAUAUUGUAGAAAGCACAACGGAACCAUUGAAAUAUGGUGAUCUCGCAGAAUUGGGAUUGUGUAACAAAUGGUAUGGCUUCGUACAACAAGCAUUAGAAGCUGUUCAUGUAUCAACUGGUUUACCUUGGUGGGCCACUAUUGCAGUCACUACAGUAUCACUCAGAUUAGCAUUGUUCCCAUUACUUAGAAACUCAUUAAUACACACAUCAAGAAUGGCAGUACAUCAACCAGAAAUGCAAGCCAAGAUCAACGCUAUGACUGCAGCAAAGAAGCAAGGUAAAGAUCAAGAAGCUGCUGUACUCGGUCAAGAAAUGAGAAUGUUCAUGAAAGAGAAGAACUUGAAACCACUCAGAGGUUUAGUUUUACCACUCAUUCAAAUGCCAUUAUUUAUUGCGUUCUACUUUGGUUUGGACGAUAUGGCCAGAUUACCCCUCAAGCAAAUGGCCGAAGGUGGCUUUGGUUGGGUACAAAACCUCACAGUACCAGACUACACCUGUAUACUACCAAUUAUAUCAUCUUCACUCAUGUUCAAGAGUAUCAGUAUGGGUCCAGAUGGUAGUGGAAGUGUUCAAUCACCACAAGCACAGAAGAUGAAACCGUUCUUCCAAAUUGGUUCCUUCAUAAUCGUACCAAUGGCAUGGUGGUUACAAAUGCCAAGUGCUGUUUUCAUCUACUGGUGCACCACCAAUGCAUUCUCACUUGCACAAUCUUACUUACUCAGCUCAACCGCUGUCAGAAAAAGCAUGGGUUUGCCUUCAUUGGAUACAAUCGCUGAAAACAACAAGAAAAACUUUCCCCAACAGUAUGCAAGCGAAAACCAAAAGCAACCAGGAUUUAUGGAAAGCGUAAAAUCAUCUUACAACACUUUCAGAGAAGAAUUCGAGGAAAAGAAGAAGCCAAUGUUAGAAGAAGCAAGACAGAGAGAAAAGGCCAACAGAGAGAAGCUUAUCCGUCAAUCCUAUGAAUCAGAAAGAAGCGAUAAAGGUCUCUAUGAAAGUGCCGAGGCUGCUGAGAGCAAAGGUAAGGAUGACGAAGUCUCUCACAAAAACCCAACACUCUUGGCAAUGGAUGAUGAAAAACGUGCCAGAGCACUUAAGAAUGAACAGCAAAGACUUGCGAGAUUUCAAAGAAAUAGUAAAAGACAAUCUAGAUACUAGACUAUUGUAAUAUCAUAGAUUUAUUUCAAACCUUG